AAGAUAGAUUUUGUAACAUAGAAAACUGUUUGUUUGUUUGUUUGUUUGUUUUUCCUGAAAAUAGUAUUAGACUAAUUUGUUAUUAUCAUUAUUGCAAAUAGAAGUAAAAAUUGAUAAUAAUUGUUACUAUAAUUCCAUUUUGCUUUUUUUGAGUGAUUUGUAAAUUUAUGAAUAAACUGUCUAAAUAGAUUACAAUGGUCUUUAAAAUAAAUGUUCCUUUCCUCCAUCAAUAAAACAAAAAAUUUGAUCAUUCUACUUCAAACUCUUAAUGCUUAAACAAACCUAUGAGCAAUUAUUUACAAGUGGUUUUCAGUAAAAGGAGGAUAACUAUAAGAACUAUUUUUGCAAAAAUUGUGGAAUUGACAACCUAAAUUUGAUAAACUAAAAAUCUCAUAAAUUUUUAUCACUAUUCUACAUUGAGAGACUUUCCUUUGAAAACUGCUUUCUUCUUUUAAUGCCUUGCAGUCUGUUUCCUGGCAAAUUUUCCUCCUCACAUUCUUCUCUGCUUUAUCUUUCCAUAAGUUAUUAUAAGUGCCAGACAAUUUUAUUAAAGAAUAUGGCACCAAAUCCAGAAGUAUAUACUGUGGCUGGAAUGACCAGGGUUACAUGUGGGUAGACCUUUUUGACUCCUACUCCUCAGCACUGUGCUUCUUCGGUUUGAAUCACCUUUGCAUGUCACAGUGCUACUCUGAACAUCCCCACCUAUUGCUUCUCCCAUUAGUCUUUCAAUUACCUGAUAAUCCUCUUUUGGUUUCUUCUCACAAAAUCUAUCAGAAAACUUCAGAAUCCUGUGAUUCUCAGUUUGAGGUCCUUGAGCUGAGUCACCCAGCUAUACAAUUCCCUUAAACACAUAAGAAUUCAGCCUGGGCAUUGCUCAGCUCAGCUCAAAUUUCACAUUUUCCCCAUUCAUCUCUGCAAGAAUCCUGCAUUUCCUUUCCUUCCCUUUUUUCUUUUCUUUUGUUUGUUUCUUUUUUUUUUUUUUUUUCUUUUGCCUUGUCUUGCCUUGGCUUUCUUUUCUGGUGCUGGAAUUGAACCCAGAGAAGAACUUUAAACUACACCCCUCUCCGCCAGAUUCUUUUAAAUAGUCUUACUGAGUCAUUUAGGCAGGUCUCAAACUUCUGAUUCUUUUGCCUCAGGUUGCUGGAAGGACAGGUUUGUAUUGUGUCCUACAUCGAUUUGUAAGAUUUCUUUAUAGAGAGUUUUCUCUUUAAAGCUGUUAUCUCCUAGAUCCAGCCCUUCCUUCUGUACAUCACUUAUUUCGAUCUCCUUCAAGAAAGAUGUGAAAUCACUGUAUCUAAGGGAGCAGAGGAUGGUAUGAGCACCCAGCCCUCUGUCUCUCAUUACUGCUCCCUGACAAUGAACUCAUCACAUUGAAUCUGAACGUAACUUCGUUAACCAGUAACCAAGUGCUGACUAAAGGGAAUCACAUCAUCUGAGACAAGCCUUUCACAUUUACAAUCUAGUUGAGAUAUUUUUUAAUCCAAUAGAGGCUUGAAAAAUGAAGACUAAAAGGAAAUACUCAACCUCUAAAACUUCUCCAGCAAAGCUGAACAGGAGAGAGAGCAAAGUCAUGGCAAAAUCUUGCAAACUGAGAAAAUCCCAAAAGAAGGCAGAAGAAAUUUGCCAUGAAUACUACAUGAAACUUCGCUCUGGUCUUAUCAUAGAAAAGAAAGCCUGCUACUUUAGGAAAGAAAUCACCAAAAAAUGUUCACUAAAAACAGGUGAAAAACACAAAGAAAAAUACCAGGUACUUGCUGCCUAUUCACAGCCUGCCCUGAAUAGCUCUUUCCUUGAAGUACGGAAAGUCGAAGGAUCUAUUAUGGCACCAAAUAUACCAAGCCCUGGAGGUACGAUUGGUCACAAGAGAGAAAGGGGAAUUUCACCUGUUAAGGAAUCGUUUGCUUCUCUAAGUACAUACAACAAUCAAUCUGUUACUUUCGUAUUGGAAAAUGGAAGUUAUGCGAUCUGUGUUGAAGCUGUGAAACACAAUCAAGAAAAAGAAAAGGUACGAUUGCGUAUCUGUGAGUCUCAGCACCCCUCAAAUGAAUCAGGUGAUACUGUUGAUGGUAAGCUGUUAAUGGUAAAUCUGAGUCCUACAGAAGACAAAAACGUCUGGUUGCAUGCCAACAAGAAGGAACACUCUGUAAAGCUCCAAAAGUGUGAAACCACAUUGCCAGACCAGGCCUUCUUCGUCCUUCAUAGAGAGUCCUCUGAAUUCGUUUCAUUUGAAUGUAAGAGUAAUCGUGGAACAUACAUAGGAGUAAAAGAUAAUCAGCUUGCUCUAAUAGAAGGAAAGAAUCCGAGUAUUGAGAAUAUCAUGUUUAAACUCUCUCAGACUUAAUGCAGUGGAAUGCUGUGGGUUCAGGAAUGAGCAAUUCAAAUGUUAUCACUGGUAGGGAUAAGAAUGCUGUAAAAUGUUUUGCUUGUUUUGUGUACAAAAUAUUUUUCUUAUCUUUUGGUUCUGUUUUCAUUUCCUUCUGUAUCACAUGUUUAAUAAAAGUAUGACUACAUUAACUACUGAUUUUUUUUAAAAAAUGGUAAUUUUUUAGAAAGAUAUAACAGAGCCAUAUCGCAAGUUGCUCUUUAGAUAGGAAUCCAUUUUAAGGAGUUACAUCAUUUUCCCUGAUUCUAAACCUACUGGAUAGGCUCAAUCGCCAGAUCUUUUAGUAAGAAGACUAGAUGCUACAUAGAUUGACCAUUGUUCAGCUAGAUAAGAAAACACCAAAGUGUGUUUGUAGAUGUCCUAGGCAGGACCCUAAUUAGCUCUUUUUAACUGCCAAGAGUUAUGGCACUUCAUGUCAGCCAUGGUGGAUCAACCUGUACUUCCAGAACUUAGGAGGCCAAGGCAGGAGAGUCAUGAGUUCUGGUCCAGCUUGGGCUGCAUAGUUAAAUGUCUUCUUUUCGUCCAGCUUCUCAAAAAUAUUGCUCAUUGUAGAAUAUUCACUUAACUUCUGUCCCUUCUUUAGUCCUUGUGACCAACAUAUACUUAAUAUAUCUCUUGCACCUCAUUUUAUCUCAUCACUACAUGCCAACAUCUCUUUCCUGCCUUGUUUACCUGAUAUUUUAAAAUUUUACAUAUACCUACUGAUGACAACAUUUUUAUUUGCACAACUUUGUUCUUUUCUGUUAUAAAAGUAAGAAAAUGUACGCACAAAUAUAUAGUAGCAAUAUUAACUACUAAAGUAUGUUUUGUUUUCAUCUUUGCUUAUUUUAAAGCCUUAAUAAUUUCUAGUGAUUCAUAGGCUGAACACUUACAGUAAAUGAUCAACAUAGUAACAGAAAACUUGUAUGACCAUUUCUGAAAGUUGAGCUUUUUAAUUUCUAGCUUACUGGGACUAAUAGGGUAUAACUGCUGGUGAAACAAAGUAAAAGAAUGAUUGUAUAAAAUUAUCCAAUGAUAUAACAGUAUAAUUUUUCAUUUAACUUGUCAAUUUUACUUUGCAGUAAUCUAAUCAUUUCCUCAAAAAUAGCAAAGUUUUACCAUGUUCAUCUGUACAACAGACUGAAAAUAAUUACUAAGUAAUCAAAUAUAUCCAUUAACUUGCCUAUCAAAUGGAAUAAACUAUUUUUCUGAAA